AUGUCAGCAGCAUGCUGUAUCUAUAAACAUUUGAAUUUUGAGGUGGCCAAACCUAGGAGUCAGAAAAAUUUCCUUAACUUCUUUUUUGUGCAUCAUACAUGGUUUUUACUGAAGAUUCAUGAUGAGUUUAGAGGUGGAAAAAUUAACCUACAAAAAACUGUGAAAUUACUUGGAAAAUUAGACAUCCAAUGUGACAUUACUCAUGUGAAAUAUAUUUUUAAGGAUAAUGACAGGCAGAAGCAAGGAAAAAUCACCAUAGAAGAAUUUAGAGCAAUUUAUCGAAUUGUUGCACACAGAGAAGAAAUUAUGGAGAUCUUCAACACAUACUCUCCAAACCGGAAAAUUCUUUUUCAAAGAAAUCUGAUUGACUUUCUAAGGCAAGAGCAGUUUAUAAUCAAUAUGACUAAAACCAUUGCUUAUGAGAUCAUUCAAAAAUAUGAACCCAUUGAAGAAGUUAAGAAACAUCUCCAGAUGUCAGUUGAAGGUUUUACAAGAUAUAUGGAUUCAUCUGAAUGCUUUGUGUUUAAAAACGAGUGCAAACAUGUUUAUCAAGAUAUGAGUCAUCCACUAUGUGAUUAUUUUAUCUCAACUUCACAUAAUACAUACUUGAUAUCUGAUCAAUUAGUGGGACGAAGUGAUCUUUGGGGAUACAUAAGUGCCCUUGUGAAAGGAUGCCGUUGUCUGGAAAUUGAUUGUUGGGAUGGAGCACAAAAUGAGCCUAUUGUAUAUCAUGGUUAUACACUUACUAGCAAGAUUCUAUUUAAAACUGUCAUCCAAGUGAUACACAAAUAUGCAUUUAUGACAUCUGACUACCCAGUGGUGCUCUCUUUAGAAAAUCACUGCUCUCCUGCCCAACAGGAAGUGAUGGCAGAUAAUUUGCAAGCAAUUUUAGGGGAUACUCUGCUUUCAGAUGUACUUGACGAUUUUCCAGACAAACUACCAUCACCAGAGGCAUUAAAAUUCAAAAUAUUGGUUAAAAACAAAAAAAUAGGAAGUUUAAGGGAAACUCAUGAGAGGAAAGAUUCUGACAAACAUGGCCAGGUCCAGGAAUUAGAAGAAGAGGUAGAUCAAGAAGAUGAAGAAGAUUCAACAUCUGAUACUGUUUUUUUCAAAGAAAAUGUUGUCGAGGCCACAAAGAGCAAGCAAGUCAAGGAAGCAGAAUUAAGUGGAUUAACACUUUUCCAAAGAAAGACUUCGAAGAUGAAAAUAGCUCUGGCCCUAUCAGAUCUUGUCAUUUACACAAAAUCUGAGAAAUUCAAAGACUUUGAACAUGCAAGACUAUACCAACAGUUUAAUGAAAAUAAUUCUCUUGGAGAGACUCAAGCCCGAAAACUUUCAAAGCAGAAAGCACAAGAGUUUAUUUUUCAUACCAGGAAAUUCAUUACAAGAAUAUAUCCCAAAGCAACAAGGACAGACUCUUCUAAUUAUAAUCCUCAGGAAUUUUGGAAUCUAGGUUGUCAAAUGGUGGCCUUAAAUUUCCAGACCCCUGGUCUGCCUAUGGACCUAUAUACUGGAAAAUUUUUGGACAAUGGUGGUUCAGGAUAUAUUUUGAAACCCCAAUUCCUAAGAGACAGUGAAUCAAACUUUAAUCCAAAUGAUGUAAUGACAGACAGUAAACCAAUUACACUUACAAUAAGGCUUAUUAGCGGUAUCCAGCUUCCUUUAAACUCAUCUUACAAAACUGACGUACUAGUGGUAAUAGAAAUUUUUGGUGUUCCAGAUGAUCAAAUAAAACAACAGAGUCAUAUAAUUAAAAAAAAUGCUUUUAGUCCAAGAUGGAAUGAAACCUUCACAUUUAUUAUUCAUGUACCAGAAUUGGCAUUACUACGUUUUGUUGUUGAAAAUCAAAGUCUAAUAGGUGGAAAUGAAUUUCUUGGACAAUAUACUUUACCAGUUCUAUGCCUGAACAAAGGUUAUCGCCGUGUUCCUCUGUUUUCCAAAGCAGGUGAGAGUCUUGAACCUGCUUCACUGUUUAUAUACGUUUGGUAUGUCAGAUAG